GCACAGAAUCACGUCAUUUCGCUCGAGAAACAGCAAUGGCCAUGCACGCGACGAAGACGAAGCAGUCCGUGCUCCCAUCGCUCAUGGCGGACGAUUUCAAUCACGACUUCAACCGCCGCCGAGCGCCUGAACCUAGCGCGACGUCGCCGCCGCCAGCGGGUGCCGGCGACUGCCCACCAAUACCGGCCAGCCAUGCUGCUAUCGCACGUACGGGCCGCCUUCCUAUGAGCGCACCCUCGGGGCGCAACGGCUGGCCCGAAAAUCUCGUGAAGCAGUACGGGCACGCAAAGGUCGGCUCGCCAUCCACCCCACCGGAAUACUACGUUCGGCGGGCGACGACGGGGCGGCCCCCUGCCAACGGAGUCGCGCGCGCCGCAGCGGCUGCCCUGGCAUCAAACCGGGACCGGCAGCCGCUGCUCACGGCAGACACCUACACGGUGCCUCUUCACGACGGCACCGUGAGCCCCAUGCAUUACUGCAUGACCGGCCUCGUGUUAGUCAGCCUCUGCGCCGCCGUGGCCCUGGUCGUCGUCGGUGUCCCCGGAAUGCACGCGACCACGCACGACGUUCGGCCCGAAGCUGCGUACCGUGAAAGACGCCCGCGCCUGCCGAGCUACGAUCAGGUCGGUCGCAACGCAGUGGUGGUCACCCCGCGCCCCGAGGAGCAAAGCUCCCCCGGUGUCCAAGGCUCGACCGUCUUCGGACCUCUUCAAAAACCAGGGAACUCGGCGGACACAACGGUAUCGCCCAAGGAUGACGCCGCUCAACAUGCCGUCACAAUCAGCUCAUUGGGUGUCGAAGGGCACGCAAGGCAUGGUUGCAAUCAGUAUUACUACACGUACUGCACUAGACCCACGGCGAACAGGUUCCACUACGAUCCGGAACAGAUGGCAUGUGUGCCGACCACGAAAUCUGGCGCUCAGCUCUGCAACCGCGGCAUCAACCGGUUCAGCAGCUGGGAACGGUGUCGCGACAACUGCCUGCAGCCCGGCCGUGUCUCGGACAUGUGCUUCGAGAGCGUGCUUUUCAUGCCAUGUUCCAGGCAAGACUUCGUGGAGCCGCUGUGGUACUUCAACGGAACAACAUGCACAAAGUGGACGUUCCCCGAUGGCCACUAUCCAUCAGGCCAGUGCGGAGUUUUCGGGACGUUCGACCAGUGCUUACGCCUGUGUGUGGUGCACAACGGGACAUCCAACUCGAGCUCCGCAGGCUGCGAAGUUCCGUCGUCUGGAAAAUGCAGACUGGAACUGCUGCGGUAUCCAUUCUUUGCGGAUAUGCAAGCGAAAGGCAGUGCGAGGUGUGUGAACGCCUCUGGAGUGACCUUGGCCCGGCGCUGCCUCGUUGGCAACAACCAGUUCGAGUCCCUAAUGGCUUGCCAAAAAGCGUGUAUGGGAAAAACCAUGUCCUUCGGUACGCAGUUGCCGCCAGUUCAAUAAAAGGUCG